UAUUCUUUUUUAGAUUAUCAGUUUAUAUUUUUAGGGGCUAGUACUUCACAGUCUGUUCCACCAGCCAACACUCCUGCACAACAUAGCCAGCCUUCAAUUUCUAGUACAAGAAGUAAUUACAGUCCCAGUGUACCACUUCCGGCUGCACUUGGUAGACUCGCUACAACUGCAAUUAGUCCAUCAGAGGAGCAUAGUAGAGUGUUUCACUACAUGAAGGGGAAGACAAGGAUGACUGGAAAAGGAAAGGCUCCAAUAAAAAAAAUUCCAACCUGUACCAUGAAAUUCUGCUGUCUGGGCUGUGUUGACAGUGACAAGCCCCCCACCUCUGUCGCUGCGAAGACUGCCUUGGCAAAUUCUGGCUUAGGGCCAUCAAGCAUGACUUUUGAAAUGAAUGGGAAUGCAAUACACUCAAAACUUUUAGAGAGGUAUCCCAGACUCUCUCAUGCUGGUGGCUAUGAGCUCCUUCUCUACCAGAGAGGCGGUGAAGAGCAUGGAUUUCAUCAUCUGCCAGCACCACAUACUCCAUCAAGGAUAAAGGAAAUUGCAAAUGCUUCUGUGGUUUACAUCAGGCCAUUACAGCUUGACAUUCUGGAUGCAGAAGACCCAAGUAUGGACAACAUGAUGCAUCCUGCCCAAGAGGUCAGAAUAAAAACAUAAGUGGUUUACUGUUUAAACAUGUACCAGAAAAAGACCAGUCACUCUGCAAUGAAAAGACCUAAGUUAUUAACUGGAUAGUUUCAAUGAGAGUAAUUUAUUUUGUAAUUCAGUUUCCAUUUUUCUACACAUACUUUCUGCAAAUCGUGCAAAUGACAAUAUUAUUUGAGACAGUCAGUAACAAGCCUGUAAGUACCUGGGAAGCUCAGUAUUUUCCUUGACCAACUAGAUAAUAGCAGUGACACAGGAAUUGGGCAGUGAUCCAGCCUUAGUGGGAGCAAGUAGCAUGGGCUCCAUUGUGUUCUCAGAUGAAGACACGCAUUUUUUUUCAUACGACUUCGGGCUCGUCUAAACGAGCACUUUUUAUGUUAAAUUGUGCAUGUGGUAGUUUUUAUUUUAUUUCUUCAUUUGAGGAAAAUUUCCCGAUUUUUUUAUCUGCAUAAUAAAAAUGAGGAAACUUGCCCAAUUUUUUAUUUGACAAAAUAUUUGCUGAAAAGCUGGCAUGUUAGUUUUUAUGUGGCAAAUAAAAUUUGUCCAUGUAAACAUAAAAUGUGGCAAUUAUGAUGUUGCCAAUUGUUUCCAAGCCCCAGUGUGACCAAAAUGACAGCCUUGUUUUUAUUUGUAUCUCUGCUGUCCAAAGUCAUGACUGGCACAUAGAACAGCAAAUAUUUUCUGUUUCGUCCACACAAAGGAAUAUAUGUCACAGAAAAAUCAUGGAGACCCGACAUUAGUAUAACAUGUUUCUCAUAUAUGACAGACUGUAUUGAUUUAACAGGAUGAACCAAAGGUCAAGUGUGUCCAGUGCGACCAAGAAAUUGACAUGGGAAAACUAAGGCAUCACCAAGAACAGCAUCACCCAAGGAAAAGAUUGGUACUGUUCAUUAGAAUACAUGUAUAUAGGAUCAAUAUCCUUACCUGAUGCACAAUAUAGUUAGCAUAACACUCAGUUCUUCACAUUUUGGCUUUCAAAAGAUGGCUUUCAAUGGCCAAUUCUGGAUGUCAUCAAGAAGUCAUGUGAAAAUACAUAAAUUUUGUCACUACUGUUUCAACUGUUUAUUAAUAAUCACAAAUUUACAAAAAGCAAUAUCCACUGCCCGCAGUUAGCAGAUUAGCUAGUCGAGGCGAGCAGUGGUUACACGUAAGAAAAUACAUAUACAAAUAGAUCACAAGAAAGACUAGAGAAAAAGAGUAGUUCAAUAAAUAAGCAAAUAAAUAUAAAUAAAUUCAAUUUAAUUAAGUUUACAAUCACGGACAUUGCAAAUAUAAGAAGCCGAGUUUUCAGGAAAUUUUUGUUAUUAAGUCGGGUAAAUCAAUAUAAUCAUUUUCUUCUGAAAGUAUUCGGAGUAAAGUGUCGUGGACAUUGAUUUUAAAGUUAUUUUUGGACAUUUGAUAUUUUUUUUGCAAAAGAAAUUUGUCCCAGAGAAAGACAGAACAAAGCUCUGAAAAAAGAUAACACAUUUGCUUACCAGUUAAUAUAUGUUAUCAUUAUCUUACAUUUAAAGCGACAAUCAACGAUGAGUGAUCAUGUCUUGUUCAACGAAAGGUAGGGGAAUCAUAUCUUUUUAAUAUAUCCACCUUAAAUCCACUAUUACCCCCUUUCCCCCCCUCCCACCCUGGGCUUAUUUAUUUUAAGUGCAUUUAAGGGUGGCUUAAUAGGGAGGGGGCUUAAUAGACAGGGGGAGAUUAUUUGAGAGGGGGUAGGGCUUAUUAUAAUUUGGUGACAUAACAGCAGUUCACCACUCAUUGAUUGCUGUAAUUAUGAUUAUAUUACAGCUCGUGAGUGUUGUGUAUGUGAAUUCCUGCCCAGAUUAGAAUUGUAUAAAUGUACAGGUAAUACAGUCUGUCAUUUAUUGUUUUGGUUGUGAAGAAAAAAGGGGGAGGGGGGGUUUAAUAAAUUUCUUGCACCAAUGGGGGGAAUAGAGGAUUUAUGGUAUGUUGUUAGGGGAUCCUAGGAUGCCAACGACUCCCCCUUUGUAAGAAAGUGAUAAAUAAUAAAUCAAUCCAGUGAGAUAGUACCCUGGGGUGGAGAGGCUGACAAAAAUGUUUUUGAUUUCUAGCAGUGAUGGUAAUGGAGACGACCCCUUGGCCUUUCCAUCAACAUCUAGUGCAGGGUCAAAUGCAUCUGCUACAGAGGAAGAUAUUGACAAGUUGUCAGAGAUGUUCCCAAAUGAAACCAGAAAAGAACUAGAGAAUUGCUUAAAAGUCCAGGGAACUUUACGCCAGGCAGUGACCACAUUACUACAAUCUAAGACGUCUCUAGAGUUGUCUGAUGACGAUUCAGAUCUAAUGGAUUCUGUAUUUGAAGGACCACGCUCCCUUAGUGAAGAAUUGCAUGAUCUGCAAAAGAAUUUUGAUAAUGGCCAAAAGGAGAAACUGAAAGUAGAUGAAGAAGAUCUGCUGAAUGAUGCAAUGACAUACUACAAGGACAGUGACUUCAAUCCAUCGAAAAGACUUCGAAUUGUUUACACCGGCCAAGCUGCAGCUGAUACAGGUGGUGUUGUGCGUCACUUCUAUACCCAACUCCUUACUGGAAUUACCGAGACAUUUUUCCAGGGAAAAGAAUACUGCAGCCCUAUCUACAACAGUGAUACUGUAGCCUCUGGACUCAUGAAGUUAGUUGGUACAAUAAUUGUGCAUAGCAUACUGCAGGGAGGACCUGGUCUUCCUGUUUUUAGCCCAGGAAUAUACUAUUACUUGGCUACAGGCAAUGUAGAGGAAGCAAUUGACGGCCUUGCUGUGAUUGAUUGUUCUUUAGAGAUGAGAGAUUUUAUUUCAAAGGUAAUAAACAAUUUGCAGUAUGACACGACACAUUAUUUUUAUUUUCCUAAUCAACUGUUCUGUCCUCGUGUACCAGUAACAAAAAGAACAAAACAAAGACUAAACAAUAAACUACAAGAAAACAAUAGAUCACAAAGACAAUACAAUGUAAAAUCCGUUGUGUACUGUUACACCAGACACAGCCCCUCACAGACGUUCGCAGUCUGGAAGCGGAGGUUUAUGAGCCUGCUAGUUUUCCUAAGCAAGUUUCCUUCCCCUUACCCCUAUAAUCCCAUAAUAUCAUUUUUAACUACAUUUUGAAAUAUUCCUGUGGCAAUUACAAUGUAAGGGAAAUAUACAAGUUUUUAAGUAGCAACCUGCAUGAUACAAGGUGUGAAGCCUUCCAGUAUUGAAAUUCGAUAAUAAUCAUAUGCAAUCCUGCCUACCUUUGUUUCAUUUUUUGUAACCUUUCAAGCAGUGACUAGCCAUUUCCCUGAGGUUGAUACUUAGGGGGUCAAAUUAUUUUCAUUGAUUUCAUUGCUUGUUAAAUUUUCAGAUUGCAGAAGCAGAAGAUGUUGCCAAUCUUGACGAGGAGGAAGUAACAACCAUUCUUGCAAAUUGUGGACUUACCAUGAAACUGACAGUAAGGAUUGUUUCCUUGAGUUUUAAGCAGAUGACUGUAAGAAUCUAGAAUCUCAUUUCAGUGACCAUUUGGUAAAAUCGCUUCAUUUGUCUGAAGAUACCCUUACAUGUAGAUUAGCCAGUUUAAAAAUACAUUUUAAAAGUUUCAGUACCUCUUAUCUUUGAGAUAAUAAAUAAAAUGAAAUUGCUUAGCCUGAUUAUUAGGUGGUCCGUGCAUUUUGAAAUCAAAAGAUCAAGGAAUAUCUGAUAAUCAGGCUAGAGUGUGGUGAAAUUGUGAUUUUUGGCCCAACAGUUAAAAUCUUCGAGUUUAUGGGCAGGGGACAAAGUGCUACUAAAUCUGUCAAAUCCAUUCAACUUCUUAAAAAUGGCUACAAAUUCAUGCUCCAUUGCCCCUUUUUCAGAAUGACAACAAGAUGAGGGUGAUACGAAACCUGAUAGUCCAUGAUGCUAUUGCAAAGCCAAAGAUGGUGCUAGACCAACUGAGGGAGGGGUUAAAGACCCUUGGCUUUGGAAAAAGGAUGGAAUUGUAUCCAGACGUCUUUAAAGAAUUAUUUGUAGCAGGAGACAAGGAAGUGACUGCCAAUGACAUCAAGGGUCAACUGCAGUUCCCAUCAGAUUUAAACACAAACGAGGAGAACAUCAAAGAAUACAUGCUACAGUUUCUUAGAGAUGCAUCCAUCGAUGAGUUGAAGUCCUUCUUAGUCUUUGCCACAGGUUCACCAGGGCUACCUCUGUUCGGGCUAGGUAUCAUCAAGAUAGGGUUCGAUGAUACAGAAUCUAUAUUCUCAUCCACAUGUUCAUUUCGUGUAACCUUACCAAGGUCCUUUCCAGACCAAGGUACAUUUUCUUCUUCACUCACGGCUGUGUGUGAUAGCAAUGGAAAAGCCUUUUCUAGUGUUUAG